AUGGUUGUGAAAGGCUACAAUCAAGAUCAUGUAUUUGAUUAUCAAGAGGUUUUUGCUUCUGUUGCAAGACAGGAUACAAUUCGGUUGAUAGUUUCAUUAGCAGCACAAAACUCAUGGCCCAUCUUCCAGCUUGAUGUGAAAUCGACCUUCCUUAAUGGCACCUCGAGCCUGAUACAGUUGUAUAGAAGCACACUUAAAAGGCAGGUUUCAACAAAUGUCCAUAUGAGCACACUCUAUUCAUCAAGUCUGGAGAAAGAGAAUUCUAUAAUGGCUGAUUUUGACAUGACUGAUUUGGGAAAGAUGAAAUAUUAUAUUGGUAUAGAAGUAGUACAAACAACUACUAGAUUUUUUAUUGGGCAAAAGAAAUAUGCUCAUAAGGUUUUGGAGAGGUUUCACAUGGAGAAUUUUAAUCCAGUUGAGACUCCAACUGAAUCGGGAUUGAAGCUCUCAAGUGAUAUUGAUGGAGAGAGGGUAUAUGGAAAGACUAACGGAGCUGCAUCUCAAAGCUGCAAAAGAGUGUUUCAUUACUUGACAGGAACAACAGAUUUUGGUAUUUUCUACAAGAAAAAUGGAGGACCUAUUUUGACUGGUUUCACUGAUAACGAUUAUGUUGGUGAUUUGGAUGAUAGGCGGAGUAUAACAGGCCAUGUGUUUAUGAUAGGUUCAGGUGCCAUAUCAUGGGCAUUAAAGAAGCAACAUGUUGUUACUUCUUCCACAACUGAAGCAGAGUUCGUAUCUGCAACAACCUUUGCAUGUCAAGCAAUUUGGUUGAGAAGGAUUCUUGAAGAGUUAUAG